ACUAGCAACAUUUGUUUAAAUACAAUGCCACGUGCUUUGGCCGUUGGCGAACUAGUUUCAGUACGCAAACAUUUAGCCACCAUUAUUCCGCAAUGCCUCGGGUACACGCCAGGAAAAGAUUCUCCGGCCACCGUUAUCUGUGGACAGCUGCUAGACCAGCUUCACCAUUUCGGCCCUUUUCCGUGCUUUACACCGAUGAGUACGGGGUUCCGUCGUGAAAUCGCUGCCGCCAUACGUAGAGCGUUUGCAGAUAGUCACACCAAACACCACAUGCGGAGCCCCUUUGACUGCCAGGGAAAGGUCGCGGGCGGUGUACUGCGGAACCUGUCCUGGACGGAUCCCAGCCAGCAGAGAGCGCAUCACGAUGACGCCGUUCCUGAUACACCGGCCCCAGUUAACCACGAGCCCAGCGUGGCCCAGAUGGCUGUUUCGGAACAUUUGCCGGUGUCCGGCGAAGGGGAAAGAGAGCUGCCAUUAGCUCCGCGGAAACCGGGAAGGCGCCGGUGCACACGAGCUGAUCAGUGGGUAAUCGACAGCAUGGAACAUGGCGAACAAGUCACCAGCCGCCUUCGCCCAAGGUUGCCUUUGGCCGAAGAUAAUGCGGGCGAAGUGUCCCGCAACACGCCAAUUCCAGCGGAGAUCGGUACCAUCACAAGGGCGGAACCCGACGCGACCGCACCGGAUCCGGAACCGGAAGUAGAUGCGCGUGUUGCCGCAGCCGCUGAUUUCUACAGCCGCCCCGAGGGAACAGUGUCGGAGACCGCGGAGGAGAGAGCCUUCCGGUUGGAUAAUCAACGGGACGUCAUGCUCGAACUCCAGCGACGCAAUGCGGUCGCCGCGGCGAAAGCCGCAGAUGAAGCUGCCGACAGAAUUAUCUGGCAACACCAGGCCGUCGACGUUCAUACACAGCAAAUGGAGCAGGAGGACGGAUGGGACGAGCAAUACGAUCUGGACAUGGAAGAAAUCAAUUUCCGAUGGUUUAUGGAGGAUCACGAUGAGCGUCAGGAAAGGGACGAUCCGGAGUACGACAACACGUCGCCUUAAUUGUAGGCAGCCUGCGCGACCUCAAAAGCUCGUGGGCGCGUGGGUGGUUCAGCACGUUCAGAGGUAGUGAUAUUAUGAUACAAGCACAGCUUCGGCUUCGCCUCCGCGUUUCUUGUGGUCCACGGUGGAUUGGUAACUCUGAUGCGAGACAGCGCGAGCGGCCCUCGGUCGGGCCAUCUCCUGUGUCACGCGCUGACUGCUUUGCUAGCCCUUCAAAAAGCGCGCGAUGGUGGAUAGAUCAUAGAAGGUAUUGCUGUUGGUAACGACAGACGCUGAUUUUGAGGAGGGAGUGCGCCAACUGGUGCAGGUCGUCUCAGAUCGACUCCACGCAUGUACCGUUAGACACCGACCGACUGGUCAUUAGCCGACGGCACCUAGCAUCUGCCGCUUGGACGGUCACGCGGCCCUGUCCCAGCCCGUCCUCCGUCGGCUACAUGACGGUAAAACGCAGGAACUCCCCGCUUCACAUUUUGCUCCCAUGAUCGCCGCCUUUCCGAUUAGCACGAACAGAAGCGAAUGUAAAGGCGGAUGUAAGCGAGGAAAAGCACUGGCCGUUGAGGUAAGUUGGGCUGACACCCUGGCUGCCUCUUACCUGGACAGACAGAAGGAAAAACGGGUCGAUAAGGCUGGAAACGGAUUAGCAACCGCCGUCGUUCGGAAAUUCUCGAGUUUUGCCGGCAACGGCUUUUAAAAUAAUGAUGCAUGUUCUUAGAUGCUAUGUUGUACCAAGUGGUACAUAUCGCUUAACUUAAUUUUUACAUUAAAGAAAAUCACUCUUAUCAUCUUUUGACGCGUAGAUAACAUGCAUGACACACAGUAAUUACACUUCGUUCUCUUUAUUAAUGUCUGACCGAAUCCCAUCUAGCGAUUGCAGCUGCUCAUUACUGAACAGCGAGCGCGGCACCAGAAUGGCCCGGUGCUGCUGGUACGUUCCCGUGGCCUUCGUCAGGUCGAACUUGACACUAUAGGUAAUGGGCAUCCCACCGGCGCCUUCCAACUGCAUAGCGGAUUCAACUAAGUCCUGGCGAUGGACUUUCUCCCCGAGAACCGGCAGGUUGGACCGGGAGAAAGCCAGGCAGUCGGUGCUCUGGCACGCGAAAGUCGACCGGAAUAUCGUCGCCACCUGUUUGAAAGAGGAGUAGAAAACAGUUAUCAACCUAAAGGACAAAGGCCACUUCACCUCUGUCGGCAGCUCGCGUCGUAAGAUCGUGACCAGUUCCACCAGGUCGGUGGUCCAUUUCGCCAGUGUGGCGUCGUCGACUACUGGCAGGCCCACCGACGGCCGACCCAGGGCGGUGUGGCUGUCCUGUCCCUGGUAGCGAGCGGAGAAGGCCAUCUGCGAGGCCAGACAUUCUUUCAACCCGUCGGCUAACUCGUCCAAAUGCCCCAGCGCCCGCACCACCUGUUACGAACCAACAUACUAGCCUCGAUACUGUGUCGAUAUGCAUAUAUAUCAGCCAUCUUACUUCUGUCGCCACCGUGAACAAAAUCGACCACAUGCGGGCCGUGCGCUCGACGCCAGUGUCGACGCCCAGACUGCGGAUGACGGGCACCUAGGUCUUUUGUGUGGCGUACACCGUGGCCAGGAAGCCGUUCAAUGAAUCCGGCGACAGCAGUCCCAGCAGCAGCUCAGCGUAGGUGGCGGCGAACGCCUUGCCGCGUUGAAAUGCCUGCGCAUCGCUAAAGUCCCAGUCGGUGACUGGCUCGUCGAUCUGCAGGAAGACGAUCCGGCUGGUCAGCCGUUCUCUGCCAAAGGUAACCACCCAAUGAAAAUACUACUGUCAAACUGCGGUGACAAGAUCAGCGCUGUCUGACCUGUCAGUGCCCGACUGCACCAGCUCCUCGGCAUUCCCCGCGUUGGCGGUGAUUAACACACUGGACGUCGGCUGUGCCGGCUCGUCCACCGUGCGGUAGUUGACGUGCAGCUGCUGCUCGAACGAGGCCAGGAUGACCUCUCGGAGUGUAGGGAUAUCGGCCACGUCGUGGAAUAUGUGCGGCAGUCGCAGCUUUUGCCAGCGCUCACGCAGUGCCGGCAGCGAUAUCUGGCGGACGUUGCACAGCGUGUGCAGUUCCCGUCCAAAGAAACUUAGCGUUAGGUUGGCCAGUGUGGUCUUCCACGAGUCAGGCCUGCCCACCACGACCACACUCGGGAUGCCGAACAGGUCCGUGAUGAGGGCGCAGUACUUAAUACUGACUAAGGAAUGGGCUGGAAAAUAGAACCAGGUUGUGAGUCAAUUAACAAACUAAUUAACAGCUGCAACCAUUAACCCAACAUUGACCGACCCAGCAUGAAAAGGAACGUGUAAAAGGUGCUCUUCGGCAAUAGCCGGCGCAGUGUCAGCAAGAACGGCGGCUCCUCCGGACCGGUGUAAGGGACGACCUUCUCCGGCAGCUCGCAUCCCGGAACCCAGACGUACUGGCUGUUGGGAUACUGGAUGCGUCGCGCGCCGUCCUCACCGAUGUAAUAGAUCACUUCCGGCGACAGCACGACGGUGCGGAAAUCGUCUUGCAAGCCAAGACAGGCAAUGGACUGUUUCCGUCCGGCGUUCGUCCUGCAUUAUUCAAACUUAAACCAAGCACACGAAAAAUUUGUUGGUAGUUAAUUUUUUAU